CCUUCCCGCUCAGCCUCCGAAAUUUGGGGUGGCUCAGGUGCGUAGUGUUCUUACACGGUUACGUGUUACUUCGGUGGGAAGUCUUUUCUUAAACCCCGCUUGAUACCUGUUUGUAUAGGCGUAGUGUCUAGCAGGCCCCAUCACGGGAUCAUGAUUCUCCUGUCGUCAACGCAACGCCAUAAUAAAAAGGUAGAUUGUUCUCCAAAGAGCUUUAGAAAAUACAGCAACGUUUAAGUUUGUUAACAACGUUAGAAGUAAAUUACUGGCCUCUGCAGGAAAUCUGUUGGUGUACGUUCAGCAAAUAACAUGCCGCGAAUUGUUUGUGGAUCUGUUAGCGUGUAAUCAGGUUUGUGUCUGUCUAGUAGAUAUGCCUAGCUACCAGAGUCUUAAGUUUCCUCAUAAAUUAUGAGCUGGUAUUUUUCACAAGAUCAGGUGAUCUAAGCCACAGUUCCUGAUGUGAUUUUCAACAUGAAUAAUUACAUAAACACACGCCUCAGAAUAUUAAUUUGGCUAUGUUUGCUUCCCCCAAGUACUUAGCCGAACAUCAGUAGUGAUGGGUGCAGGCACUGUAGAUUUUUAGAAACUACUGGAGGUGCAUCCUGAAUUCAGCGAUCACAGGUAUGUGUCAGAAAACAGAUUUUUUUUAAAUAAAGUUACCUAUAUCAGAUGCAGGUCCUUCCUGCCUUUUUCGCUAGUCCCAGGAAAAAGUCUGAUUUAUUUCUACUUUUCUCCUUUGAAGUCAGAUGCAGAGUAAAUUCUUCAGAGUUCUUCUGCCUGGCUUCAAGUUCAAGUGCUGCUUGCUAGAACUACUUCGCCUUUUUCAAAAACAGGAUGUUAGGGCAAGGAGAAGCCUAGUGGAAACUGAAAGAAACGUUAAGCAAAGCUACAAAGCACAGCUGCCUAGUCUGCUUUCGCUUUAGGAACGUAUGUCCGUGUAAAAUGCUCCUGAGGCACCAUGUCUGUACUGGUAUUUCAAGCAGUGCUCGUUCGUGGUCACUGAAACCCAGUCAUCUACAGUGUUAAUCUGUUACUGCGAUCCCUGGCAGGAUCUUGGCCUGGGCCAAUUACCAUUGGCACAGGUCAGGAUUUAGCACGUGCCAGGGACCUUCCUGUCCCCGCGGGUGGUUCAGAUGCAGCCACCCUUUUGGAAGGACAGGAGAAUUUAACAUCAUAGGUGUAACCAGGCUGUCAGUUGGCCUCAGGGCCAGGGAAAGGGCGGUGACACUUUGGUUGAGUAGCAUAGAUGUAGCUUUAGGGUCCUAAGUGACUGCUGUUCUUUUGAAAGAAGGUGUACACAUUGGUUCAAAUCUGAUUUCAUUUAACCAAAUGUUUCCGUUGAAUUUUGGAUAACCUCAAAGUCCAUCCAAAGAUAACAUUUACUCUUUAAAGGAAGAAAUUAGACUUUAUUCUUUUCUCAUUCUUUCCUUCUCUAUUGCCACUCUAUCAGUGCCAUAUAACAGGCAGAGUUAUUGCCAAUUAGUGCUAUCACAGUGAGAUUAGAAUUAAGUUUAUGUUUUACAGUUGCAGGCGUAUCUGAGGUUUCACUUCCCUAGCAACUAGAUAGCGUCAUCUCCUUUCUCUGCCUGACAGUACAGCGCGCACAGUUUCAUUUGCUUUCUGCACAGGACUCUUGCACAGAAGACACCUUUCUUCAAACGAUGUCUGAGGCAGCAAAAAAGCACCUGAUUGCCCUGAACAUGGCAAAGGAGUCCAGAUGUUUGGUAGAAGGGCAAAAUGACUCAACUUGGCUCAGACCUCAGAGGAGACAUUUCCCGCAAAGCAAUCGGAGUUCAUUAGAGAACCUUAGGGAAAAAGAGCCCCAGCCUGACAGUGGAAGGAGUUCCUGGACGGAAGUUACCUGCCUUUACCAUAAGGAAAGGAGACAUUUUCCAGAAAGAAGUAAGUUUAUUUACAACAGAUCAACGUGAGUUCAAAUUCAGCUCUGCCACAACUGUAAGGAUCUUGGUGAAGUAAAACCAGGUUGAAUUUCAUGAGGUAAAGGCAAUACAAUUCCAUGUUCAGGGAUAUUUAUCUCCAGAAAUAGCUUCCUAAACAGAAUCACACAAUCACAGAACAGCUGAGGCCAGAAGGGACCUCUGGAGAUCAUCUAGUCCAACCCCCCCUGCUCAAGCAGGGUCGCCUAGAGCCCAUUACUCAGGAUUGUGUCCGGAUGGCUUUUGAAUAUCUCCAGGGAAGGAGAUUCCCUAACCUUUCUUGGCAACCUGUUCCAGUGCUCAGUCACCCUCACAGUAAACAAGUUUACAGAAAGGAAAAGGCAAAACAAAUUGCCUCAAGCGUCAAGGCAAAGUCUUGAUACUUGUCUCCUGACUUUUUACGCAGCUGUAUUUCACAGGUUUCACAGCCAUUGCUUCUGAUGUGCAUCCGUCUGCAUGAGAAGCAGGGCCAAGGACAUUGUUGCGCAGCAAGAGAAAGUUAUCCUGUGAGAAACCUCCAAUGCAGGAGUUCACUUAAAGUGCAUGUCCUUGGAUUUCUACGUUUCAUGGGCAAUUAAUUAAGCUAAAAACAGAACACUGAUGUCAAGCCUUAUAACAUAAGUUUGGCUUAAAACUGCUGGCAUCUGUUUAUAAUCUACCCUGUAAGCCAGAAUUUUGGUUCCCCCUGAAGAUUCCUGUUAGAGACAGAAAUCGCUCAUGUAGAUGCAAACAUUAACAAAAUUCUGUUUUCCUGAAAGCGGUGAAAAAGGUAAAAUAUGUCUCAUUUGUCAGGCAGUCACUGGGAAGCAGCUGAUAUUAAUUUACUCCCCAGUAAUUAUUUUCUUGUGCCUAAAACUAUAGCUAUCAGGCAGAAGUUUUCACUGAAAUGUUCAGGCCGAGGAAAAUUAUAAAGCAAUUAGAAACACAGUCUCCUUAUUUCAAGUGGUGUCAUUGUUCCUCCUGCAAAAUAUUCGAUUGAAAGAGCAACUUAUUUUCAUUACUAUUUUCAAAUUUUAAUUUUAUCUUGCAGAUAAUGCCAUCUUUGGAUGAAACCAGUCAAAAGCUGCCUUUUUGUUUGAAUCCGAGUCAUUUCACAAAAUAAAGGAACCCAGCCAUUAGAGUGAUGCUUUCAAGGUAUCUAAUACCCCCAGCUAGAUUAUUUCAGUGAUCUCAAUUCUUAGUUACGUCCUUCUUCCAACCCACAAAGCUAUAUCUAAGUUAUGCCCCCCAAAACCCACAGGUCAAUCUGUCUUCGUAAGAUUUGAGCCCAAGCAUAGGAAUCUGAAGUGAACAAAGGAGCUGAUGCCUUAGUACUGUGAUUGUAGAAUGUUGCCGAAAUCCCAACGCUUCCUCUAAAAUAAAAUGAGAUUUUUUGAAUUGUUUA